AUGCCGGACGCCUCAGGUCAAACCAUAUUGCCCCUGCCCGACCAUGCAGUCGCUCAGAUCAAGUCCUCCGCCGCCAUUGUGUCGCUGGCCGGCGUAGUGCUGGAGCUCGUCAAGAAUUCGCUGGAUGCAAAGGCCACCAGGGUUGAGGCUACUGUUGACUUUGUGCGUGGGGGUUGCAUCGUCGAGGACGACGGACUCGGCAUCUCGCCCCUUGAAUUCUCGGACAAAGGACGGCUAGGAAAACUGUAUUGUACAUCCAAAUACCAUGCAAAGGAGCCUUUGCUUGGCCGAAAUGGCACCUUUCUCGCCUCACUCGCUGCCAUGUCUCUCUUGACCAUUGCCUCGCAUCAUCAUGAGUAUCGGUCGCAGAACGCCGUCACCUUCCACCACGCUAGUGUUGUCGAGCGGCAGUUGCCGGCGUCAGCCCAUCACGAGGUGCAUGGCAGGCAUGGUACCCGUGUCACUGUGCGAAACCUGUUCGGAAAUAUGCCAGUGCGGGUGAAACAGCGCGCGUUGAUUGCGGCCCAGAAAGAAGAAUAUGAGAAGAUGUGCGAAGGGCUGAAACAUGACAUCGCAGGCCUUCUCCUUGGUUGGCAAGGCACUGUAUCCGUGCGUGUUCGAGACGGCGACAACAAACCCAUUCUCAACCUCAACACAACUGCUAGAACAGACCAAAUCAUAGGAAAGGUCCGUUCCGCACAGCUGACGUCCCUACUCAACAUCCUGACUCAAGCGAACUACAUCGGUAUUGAUGAGUGGUCAUCUUGGGUGCCAGCGUCGGCUUCGACCUCUACUGUCUCUGUCAAGGGUGCCAUAUCCCUUGAUCCAGCCCCCAGCAAACAUGUGCAAUUCCUUUCUCUCGGCAUACGGCCACUUUCCUCAGAUUCUAGACAUAAUGAGUUAUUCGACCAUGUGAAUCGUCUUUUUGCACACUCCAGUUUUGGUACCGUAGAAGAAGCAGUUGUCGAUGCAUAUGAGAAGAUGCGGCAGCAGUCAGAUAAACGCUUCAAGAAAGAUGGCUACACCAACCGACAGCUCAAGAUGCGCAAGGAUGUUGAUCGAUAUCCCAUGUUCCACCUCCGAAUUUCGCUGGCAGAAGCUAAUGGGAUAGCCAUAUCUGAAGAUCAGAUCAUAGGAGAUGAAGCGAACUUGCAGAGUAUAAUGGAUGUUUUGGAAGCAAUGAUAACACAAUGGCUGGUCGUUCACCAUUUCCGACCGCGCCAGUCUCGCAAAAGACGGGAUCCACCUGAUACAGCUUCGAGUCUGUCGAGUGUGACUGCUGCGAGCGAUUCAUCGGCACUUUCAAGAUCUGUUUCUACGGGGGAGUUGUUGGUGCCCGAGAAUAAGUCUGCAUGCAUAGGGACUCGGAAGAGAAAGCGCUCGAAGGAUUCGAACUCACAUGAGAACUUUAAAAAACACCAUCAAGCUUUUGCAACAUGGUCCCGCAUCAAAAGCGGAAAGUCAGAAUUCUUCAAUAGCCUACCCACCAGACCCAAGCUAGGAAGCCAAAGUGGCAAUGAACGCAAUUCGCGUAGCGCUGUUCAGAGUUCUGGUGGAAAUGAACCUUUUGCCUCAUUUGCCAUGCAGCCUAUUGCCCAAGGCGCAUUUGGCGCACCAACGGCACAAAACGUGCUUCCAAAUAUGGGCGAAACUUUCAAUGCUGAAGAAAAAGAGAAUGAUGACAGCAUACUUUGGACGGAUCCUUCAACUGGAAAAACUCAUCUUUUGAAUUCCAGAACAGGUUGUGUCAUGUCAAACGUUCAAGCGCGACCGAAUACAGACCGCUCUCCAAACACGUUCAGGUUUGAUCAAAGGCCGAUAAGCAAGUCAGUUCGUCUACCAAGUAGAGCCUCAACAGCCACAGCAAAACCGACGCCCUGGUUGGACAAUAUGCUCCAAAACUGGGAAAACCCCAUCUUCAAGCCGAGCGAACAGCGUAUCCAGCAAAUCACAAACGACCAAGACAAACUCAGCCAUCACCAUAACCAGGUCAUGCACAGCUGCUCCCAUCUCAUGGACAUAUCUUUUGAAACAAACACCACCAGCAUCACCAGCAAAUUCUCCAAGUCAGGCCUCCAAACCGCCCAAGUAAUCUCUCAAGUCGACAGGAAAUUCAUCCUCGUAAAGAUGCAGCCCGCAUCCCAAAGCAACGACAUCCUCGUCCUCAUCGAUCAACACGCCGCCGACGAACGCAUCCAAGUCGAAUCCCUUUUCCAACAACUCUGCACACCCUCCUCGCUUCACACCUACUCCUCCUCGCAACUCGGCCAUAAAUCAGACAUCUCGUCCCUUGCCCUCGAGAAACCACUCAGUUUCGCGGUGUCACCGCAUGAACAAGCUCUUUUCAUAACGCACGCUGCGCGUUUUGCUGCUUGGGGGAUUUUGUAUGACAUACCAGCAUCAGCAUUAUCAUCGUCGAACCAAGCGUCGCUUGACGCGCGGAAAAAGAAGAGAAAAUGCGAAGCACUACUGUUGGUCACUGCGCUCCCACCUGUGAUUGCUCAACGAUGCGUGACGGAUCCCAAGGUUUUGAUUUCGAUGCUUAGAUCUGCGGUUUGGGGGUAUGCUGAGGGACAUCUUCCUCCUCCACCUUCAAGCACCCCUUCUUCUUUUCCCGAAAAAGAAGAGGAGGAGGAUACCACAAAAGAAGAUAAGUCUUGGGUUCGCGCGUUGUCGAGUUGUCCAGCUGCUCUCGUUAAUCUAAUCAAUUCUCGCGCGUGUCGCUCUGCAAUCAUGUUCAAUGAUGAAUUGAGUCUUGCAGAGUGUAGGGAGUUGGUUGAGAAGUUGGCGGAAUGUGUAUUUCCCUUUAUGUGUGCACACGGUAGGCCGAGUAUGGUACCGCUUGUGGGCCUGGGGGAAAGAGCGGCAUGUGCAUUGGGGGAUCACAGUGGGAGUGGUAAGAGCUUUGUGCAGGCUUGGAAGGAUUGGAAGAGAUGAAGUUUAUCUACGCUUGUUAUAGCUAAAAGAAGAGGCAGUUUAGCAGGUUUUCUUAAGGUUUUAGAAUUUCUUUACUAUGCUAAUGAAUCCGUAAGAUGAAGAGUCUAGAUCUCUCUCAACCCAAAAGAUCUACUUUAAAAUUUCAAAGCUCGAUUUAGUACUA